GCGAGGGGGACCGGAAGGCGUGGCAAGGGGUCACGGGACACUACAUUUCUCCCAUGUGCGAACCAAGACUUUUCUCCUAUAACUCUCCUCAAGUAUGCCCAUUUUAAAACCUGUAGUGACCAGUGGACAUGAUUUGAUAGUGCAACUGGAUCAGUCUCAGAACAUGAAUCAACCCAACACAAACACUACAGCUUUAUAAAUGUACACCAUAAUAUAAUUCAUUUAUUUAUGACGAUCAUAAAUAUUAGUAUUAUGCAAAUAGCUAGCGUCAGACAAUCAAUACCACUGAGUAGGUAAGGCCUUGGGUUGUUUGUCACACGGCAUUGCAGACCAGCUACAAGAGAAACAGCAGUCAAUGUAUGCGGAAUUCUACACGAGCUCCUGCCCAGUAAGUGCCAACUAAAGCUGUCCUGCCUGGCAUGAAAGGUAGCAGGACACCAUGGCAAGAAGGCUUCGAAACGUGAUGAUUUUCCUUCUCAUCAUCCUGAAGGAACUCAACACGCAAGAGGCUGGCUGCAGCUGUGCACCGCGCCAAUGGUGCCACUGCCUCAACCUGGGCCUCAUCGACAUCCCGAGCGUCCAAACGUCCAUUUACGAGUUAAAUUUGAAAGGUAACCAGAUAACUAGAAUUCCGUCUGGUGCAUUUGUCGACAUGACCAGGCUGGUUGCGUUGGACCUGUCCAACAACCAGAUAGCAAUGAUUCAGUCUGGUUCAUUUGCAAAUCUACACCAGCUUACAAAGCUGUACCUGUCCCACAACAAGAUAACAAAGAUUCAGUCUGGUACAUUUGCCGGUCUAAACCGGCUUGUAAUGUUAUGCCUGUCCUCUAACGAAAUAAAAAUCAUUCAGUCUGGUGCAUUUGCAGAUCUACCUCAACUCUCAGAGUUGUCCCUGUCCUCUAACCAAAUAGAAAUGAUUCGGUCUGGUGGAUUUACAAAACUAGCCCGUUGCAGAAAGUUGUCCCUUCCUGACAACAAGAUAACAAAUAUUCAGCCUGGUGUAUUUGCAAACCUACCCCGACUAGAAGAGUUGUACCUGUACUCCAACCAGAUAACUAGCGUUCAGCCUGGUUCAUUAGCAAAUUUACCACGGCUACAAAUUUUGGACCUGACAAAAAACCUAAUAACAAUGAUUCAGGCUGGUGUAUUUGCUAAUUUACCGACGUUUACAAGAUUGACCUUGACAAGAAACCAGAUAACAAUGAUUCAGCCUGGUGUAUUUGAAAAUCUGCCCAUGUUUCGAACGUUGGACCUGUCAUCCAACAAUAUAAAAAAGAUUUGUCCUUUAGCAUUUGCAAAUCUACCUUGGCUACAAGUGUUGCAGAUGUCCUCUAACCAGAUAACAAUGAUUCAGUCUGGUGCAUUAAAAGAUCUGCCCAGGCUAAAAAAUUUGAUCCUGUCCCGCAACAAGAUAGCAACGAUUCAUCCUGGUGCAUUUGCAAAUCUAUCCGAAUUCAAAACGUUGCACAUCACCUACAACCGGAUGACAAUUAUUCAGGCUAGUGUAUUUAAAAAUCUACCCCGGUUACAAGAGCUGUACCUGUCCUUCAACCAGAUAAGCAUAAUUCAGUCUGGUGCAUUUUCAAAUCUACCCCUGCUACAAACUUUGGAACUGGAAAGAAACCAGAUAACCAACAUCCAUUCUGGUGCAUUUGAAAAGCUACCCCAACUCCAAAAAUUAAACCUUCGGUCAAACAGGAUCUCUACCAUUCUCCCUUCAGAUUAUGGAUUCUUGCAGUCUGUUCUUACCAUCAAACUUGACAGGAACGUAUGGAAUUGUGACUGUAGAAUGGCUCCCUUCAGACGAAAUAUUGCUGAAUUCCCUUCAUUUAAAGACCAGAUAAUAUGUGUCUGGCCUGCCAAAUUUCGGAGACAGAAGCUUAUAGAUGUUCAUUCUGAAGGAAUGAUAUGUGAGGAGGCACCCACAUUGCCACCUCCUGUUGAUAUCCAACCCUCAGGCCCUUUACCUGCUGUUCCAACAACUGGUUCGUUUUGCAACUUAGGAAGCACUGGUAGCCCAGUAUCACUGUCUGUGGAUAUUCAAACCUCCGGCCCGUUCACUUCAUCUGCGGCCCCAUCUUCAUUGAGCAACACAGAAACCGUUGCUAGCCCAACAACACGCCUACAAACCGGCCCAUUCACUUCAUCUGAGGUCCCAUCUUCAUUAAGCAACACAGAAUACGUUGCUAGCCCAACAACACGCCCCUUAAGCUCCACACUCCCCCUUGUUAGCCUAUCAGGAAGCACAAACACCUGUUACAGUGGGUCCAUCGCCUCUCGCUACCACUGGCACUUCAUAACCAAUGCUUCCUCAACAGUAGGCUCAGCUAGUGUAACAAACAAAACAAGAGCAACACAAACGUUACCCCUUACAACAGACAAGCCAGAAAGAAGCAGUUUCCCCCAAGCUUUUCUCAUUUUCUCUGUGUGUGGUCCAAUAGCUGGCAUUAUCCUAAUCGGCACCAUUGUUCUCACCCCCUGGUACAAGGGGAGGACCAGCAAUCCUCCUUUGAAACCGAAUCCCACUGUUGUUGGUAGCAACACAAACACAGUAGCUUCUGUUGUGUCCAAUGAUAAUGGUAACCAAUGUUACAGUAUUGACAAUGAUCAUGAUCAGACAGGGCAUGGUCAGUUGCAGGCUAACACUCGUUCUGUAUCUGUAGAAGUUGGAAAUUUAUCACACAACGAAAUACUGGCUGCCUUAAAGCCAAAUGCUAUGUACGCAGGUGAGGAAACACAACCAAGGGACCAAAUUCCUACAGAAAUGGCCAGUAGUCAUGAUCAUGAUAAGACGGGAAAGGGUCAGUCUCAAGCCAUCACUGAAUCCAACAUCACAGCUAUUGCAAUGACCAGUGGUCAUGAUCGCCAGUAUGAAAAUAUUAACCAACAUCAUCAGACAGGGCACAGCCUGGAGUCUCAGACCAACACUGAAUCCAACACAAACACCACAGCUAUUGCAAUGGCCAGUGGUCAGAAUCACCAGUAUGAAAAUAUGAACCAACAUAAUCAGACAGGGCAGGGCGAGUCUCGUGUCAUGACAGCUGCUGUAACAAUCAUAGGCCAUGGUCAGGCAGAGUGUCAGGCUAUCACCGAUAACACAGAACCCAUUCCCCCAAACUCAAAGCUGAAUGAUCUGUACAACGUUGUUGGUCAGUACCAGCCCAUCAUCAAAUCCAACAUAAACACGACAACUGUUGUAGCCACUAGUGGUCAUGAGCAGACAGGGCAGGGACAGUAUCAGGCCAUCUAUGAAUCCUUUGAAGCUGGAAAUCCCUCUAUUGGCACAGGGCAGGGAGGGGCCCAGGCUACCGCUGAUGAAUGUUUGGGUAGUAGAAAUCAAAUUUACAACACGGAGCCGGCUGCAUUGGCGCCUAAUCCUACGUACAUGUGUAAUGAUCAAACAGGGUAGGGUCAAUCUCAGGUGAGAUAUAUUUCCGCAAAUGUAGGAAAUAUAUCUUACCACACAGGACCGAUCCCCUCGCAGCUUAAUUCCAUGCAUGCAAGUGUGGAAACACCAUGAUUAAAUCCACAUUUGCAAAGAAGGAGAGACUGUUGAGCGACAAAGAUGAUUUUUCUUUGAUAUCAUUGAGACACCAUUGAGAGCACUAUACAUCAGAAAGGCUCUCAAUGGUGUUGCUUCCUUUCUACAUCCCAGCAUAUAUCCACCACUCUUUUCUAAGUAUUUUAGAAGUUAUGUAUUUUGAAAUUAAGGCCUCUUUAUCGAAAACCAAACGGAUUGAAGUAUGCACCUGCGACCAGGAAUUUGUAUCAAUAAUUUUGGUGGCAGGAACAAAAAUUCUUGCAAUUUUGCAGGCCCCCAAUUUCAGGCUGAAUCGAAAUGAAUAAAAAUGUACCAAUUAGUAAUUAAGUAGUUCGUAUGUUGUAGACACUUGCAGGUCAAAAUUAUUGAAACAGUUGCAUAGUGUACUAGGAGAACACAAAACAUUAAAAGCUACUUAAAGAAUUAUAGACUUUAAUUACAGCCCUUUUAUGCUUCUUUUCUAAUAGAAUCUUAAAACUACAUAGAUCAACUGUUACUUGUGUAUUUGAAAAAUUUCUUGUCCAGGAAUUACCAAUUUCGGGAAUGAUUUUUAAAACAUAAAGUUUAUAUUAUAGUACAAGAGUCUCAGCUCAAGUUCUUUUUGUCACAAUUGCAACGUUACACAAGUUCAGGUGUUGCAAGUAGCAAUACCAAUACCAUAAAGUUAUCAUAUUUACCGAUCACUAGUCACCCAAGAUUUUUUUCAUUGCCAGUGUGAAGUUUUUAAGUUUGCAAAUCUAUGAGCAGACCAAAAUACUACAAAAAGUAUCAAAAAUUAUACUUGCCAACUGGCUACAUUUUGAAAUAGUCAUUAUCAACUUCGUGUUUUAUUGUUGUUGUUUUCUUCAAAACAACAAUAAUGGCAGUUAUAUUUCUGUUAUUGUAACAAUUGCUGUUACACACAUUUCUGUGAAAAUAGCUGAAUUUUGUGCUACAAGACUUAGGUCUUUCCAUAAUCUUUUAAUUCAGUGUACACUAAAUAGUUCACGAGCCUGUGAUGUCGAGAAUGAUAGCCAUUUAUAGAGAAAGUUUGAGUUUGAGAUGCACAAUAAUAAUAAUCAUUUGACAUGUAAUAAAAAAUACAUGGAGUGUGUUUGCACGUGACGUCACAGCCGCCAUAUUGGUUGGUUAAGUGGGGAGUGCCUCCUAUGUCUAUGACAUCGCAUGCGCAUGACAUGAUCACGUGACAGUGCCAACUCAAAUCGACCUGAUGACCUCCACGUUUAACUAGCCAACAUGGCGGACAAUUCUUGCAUCGUAGUCACGUGAGCACAAACACCCUCGCGGCAAUAUGUCAAAGAUUAUUUAUGUUUUGUUAUGCAACGUUUGAUAAAAGUUUAUGUCUUUCUGACAAUGCCGAUAACACACUUACGCAAUUUUGCAAAUAGGCACUGUCAUGACUGUACCAUGCUUUAAGUAUAUGAAGUUCAACUGGUAUAGCAAUGUGUGUCCUUUUUAAUAUUGUUCUCAUUUUCUCUAUGGUAGAAUGUAAGUUAAUAUAAAGAAUCCGUAUCUUGCAUUGUCUGUAUAACCUAGUUCGAAAAACAAACCUCAUAUAUCGGAAAACGUAAUGCUGUUAUUGUGUAUUGUAUUGUUAUCAGGGCUAGCCAUUGAUAAUAGCCUCUGGCUAGUUGGGUAGCCCUGGCUGUAUUUCUCCCUAUACAGCCGAAUCAAUCAAUAAAAUAAAAACCAAAUAUGAAGAAGUGAUGCAGAUAUUUGUCUUGAAACCAUCUGUAUGCAAUUCAAAAUCUAAUGUGGUGACAGUUAUGCAAUAAUCUUAAUGUGUUUCACUGGCUGUAAAAUAUUUGGUGACUAUUAAAAGAAAGCACAACUUGUUACAUUCUUGUCUAUGUCUGUUUCUUUUACCUUCCACAUUUCAGCUAGUUUUAAACAAAAUGUGGACUUAAAGGGUACUAGACUCCAGAAUGGGUUUUUAGUCUGUAAUAGAUUAUGUCAUGAAUUAUCAAUGAAUACAUAA